AUGAACCAGUACCUGCUGCUGUCCUGCUCCUGGGAAGGUGGGUCUCCCAGGGCUGUGGUGUGGUGGGAGGUGCCUAAAGAAGAGGGGAGGGGCCAAGAAGUGGAGACUUCCAAGAUCCUGGUACUUCGUUCUAACUCCACCCAGAAUGGGCAGGCCUACACCUGUUAUGCCAAACACCCUCUGGACACACACACCAGGACCUGCAGCCUCAAACUGGAGGCUCCAGUCUUGUUGACCCAGCGUAGUGUGGUAUCUGUGUUCGAGGGCAGUGACGUUCAGCUCACCUGUAUCCUUCAAUCCAACUAUCCCCCGGCCAAUCAGAUUGUCUGGUUCAACAACCACAGACAGGAAGUCGUACAGGAAGUCCAGGAAGCUCUGGCCAAAACCAGGAAGUAUGUACUGCGUCGCGCGGCUGCGUGGACCAACCUAACGGUCUUAGAGACGGAUGGAACAACAGACAGCGGCCAAUACUGGUGCUCCGCUAGCAACGCCGUGGGUGGGACCGAGAUCCCUGUUACGCUAUUGGUCAAGAGAUACCCCAUGCCUCCCAAUGUGACCCUGGUAAGGCUGGUUUACAGCAGUCGGCAGCGCAGAGAGGUAGAGCUGGAGUGGCAGAUGGAGGGAGAGGGAGAAGGAGGAGAGGGAAGAGGGCUGACUGGGUUCAUACUUGACCACAGACUAGAGGAGGCACCAGGGCAAAGGAGAGAAGAGGAGGAAAAAGAGAAGGACAGAGAGGAGGCUGGUACAGAUCCUGCUGACCAAGAGGAGCAGCGACAGGAAAAAAGGAGUAGUUUCUCUCCAUGGAAACAGGUGGCAGUAUUGGAAGCCAGGGAGAGGGUCCACACGCUGGGCAACAUGACCCCAACAGAUACCUACCAGAUACGCAUCACAGCUGUCAAUCACAGAACCCUCGGACACCCCUCCCCCCCAGAAACACCAGCGGACCCUCCCUUCAGUGCGUACCCUGCUGUGAUUGGAGCAGCCAUCGGAGGGAUGCUUAUCGCUGCCAUAGCAACCGUUCUGCUUUUCAUGUACAUCAUCCGCAACCGCAACAACAACCCCCGACUCCAUGACAUGCUGUUUGGAAUGCAGCACAGCCGGUCCAGGGAGAACAUCAACCUCCCUGAUGAUGAGGUGAUGGGAGGAGUUGAUGGAGAGGGAGGAGCUACAGAACAUUGCCCCUCCCCUAGCCCAGGUCCGUCCAUGUCAUCUCCUAGGGCUGCCUCCCCCGUCUCCCCUCCUCUAACUGCUGAGGACAACGAACCCGUGAACGUCACCAUCACUGUCAUGGCAACAGGCUGAAGAUUUCACACAUCCAUACAUGCUGCGUUCAUAACCAGUGGGAAACUCGGCAAAUACAAUUUGUAUUAAAAGUACAGCUAUCAUGCUCAAAAACAUUAUACCAUACUAAUAGAUCAUUUUUCGUGAAUAAUCCUUUGCUGUUGCAUUUAACUUCCAAAAAUGCUGUUAUCAAGGUAAUUUCCUUAGUAUGUGAUGUCAGAGUUCAGCAUGUGGGAGAAGUCGAAGCUCAGAGAUGAUAGACGAGUUUCCCACUAGUAAUUACCAGUUGGAAGGGCGUGCAAGUGUAUUUUUCCAAUGCUGGUAUGCUGGUAUUUACAAAUAUAGGAGAUGGUGUGAAUGCAGCCUAAGCACUUGUCUAUUCUGCCUUCCAGGUUGAAAUAAAGUACAGUUC